UUUGCACGUGGUAACAUAUAUCGCUUUUCGUCGACGGUUUUUCGGGUUAACUAGUGCCCUUAAAAAUAAUUUUAUACGAGCCGUGCCUUAUUAUUUUAGCCCGGGGCUUUUAAAUUUUGUGAAAAAUUAGGCGGUGCUUUUAAAAAAAAAUCAAAAUUACCAAUGCAAAUUAAAUUAAAAUAUUAAAAAUAUAUUAUGAACUAGUUUCCUUAAUUCCAAAUAAAAAAAACAUCGAUCAGUUUCAUUACUCAGCUCCAUCAAGAACGACCACGCUGCUACUUUCUCUCGUCUGGUGUCGUUCUUCAACUGCAGCAGUGAUAAGGGUUUGAAGUUGUGAGAAGUUCUUGCUGUCAAUUUCAUCAAUUUAGACUAAGUCAAAACGAAAGUGAAGGGAUCGAAUUACGUUCGUAUUGGAGCAGCUACAAUAAAGACGCAGGACAAAGGGAAUCCAAGCUUCAAACAGUGUUAGAAAAGAUGACUUAUCGAAGCAAGAGGGCAAGGGACAUACUUGCGGCUGCAACUAAGGGACGAGAUACUCUGUCGUCACAGCCUCCAAAUACAACUAUUGCAGACUAAUCUUCUGGAAGUGAAGCUGCCUCACAACCCACCAAAAAGCAAGUUGUUGGUUCAUUAAAAUUUGAUGAGGUGCAGAAUGAGAAAUGGGGGCCAUUUGGUCCACCGAAAACCACUACUUCUGCACAAUCACCUUCUAUCAAUCCCGAAUCUAUUUGGAAGAAACCUCCUACUACACCAACACCAAGUUUAAUUAUGGAAGCUGCUAAAGACAAACAAGGUUGCUCGCAAAAAACUACACCCAAACUUACUGCUAUAGUCUCACCUAAUAUGCCACCUAACAUGCCACCUAUUGCACAUGAACCAUUCAGGCACCCUUCUACUUCUUCUCCUGCUACUCACCAACCAUUCAGGCACCCUUCUACUUCCUCUCCUGCUACUCACCAACCAUUUAGGCACCCUUCUACUUCCUCUCCUGCUAUUCACCAACAAUGUGACCUCCAUCAACCUUCAAAACAAGGACUUCAGAACCAAGCUUCAAAUGCUGCCAAAAGUUCAAAUGCAGCUCCACAGAAUAAGAAUCAAACACAACAAAACAUUGGUGAAGUUACUUCCAGAUUGGCGUGAAGACAUUGAGUUCGAUGACAAGGAGGAGGUUUUGACCAUAGAUGACAAGGGUAAUACUACAUUGGUGAGUGGUGUAAUUCAUCCAGUUGACGUUUUGAGUGCUAAAGGCUUCAAGUACGUUGUGGAAUUCAAUGAUCUUUGCAAACCGAUUAGGAAAGGUGGACAUGUUUUGAUUAAAUUUAUUGGUUAUUUGGCAAAGAUGGAGUCCCAUUGUCCACUUGGACCAACAGAUUGGAAAAAAAUCGACGGGACUAUAAAAGGGAAUGUAGUUACAAAUAUGCGAGACCACUUUGUGAUUUCCGAUGGUAAAGAAUACGACAAACAAGCUUUGCAACGUGCCAAUAAAGCAUGGAGACAAUAUAAGUUUGAAUUGAAAAAGCUAUAUUUCAAGCCAAAAGAAAAAACAAUGGGUGAGAAGAAAACACAACCACCAGCAGGAAUUAGCCCCCUGAAUUGGACAGCGUUGUUAGAUUAUUGGUAUUCUGAUAAAGCACAAGUAAGAACAAUUAGUUUCAUCAUGUUUCUUGGAAGGAUUUGUUGGAAAUAUUCCUUUAUUUUAAUUAUUAUUUGAAUAAGUUGGAAAUGAGGUUAGGGUAUGUUGCUAAAUCCGAAGUGUAUUCUAAGUUUCUUAAUAGUUUAUGAGUUAUGAAUGAGUCUAAUGACUUUCUCCAA